AUGGGUUCCGCUAGUAGUAAACAAGCUAAACAGGGGUCUGAUGGGUCCACAUUUAUGCUGGAAGGACUAUUUUCGGAGGAUCAACAGACGUCGCGGAAAAAUGGGUCACCUAGGAAACUAAUUGAGAAAAAGACAGGCUUAGAUUUUAAAAAGGCAUGUAAGAAGUGGAAUAAACAGAGCGGUGGGCGUUGGCCAGUACAAGGCACCGGUGAUACAAGUGAGAUUCAGGAAAUAAGGAAAAUAUUGUGUAGAAAUACCCAAGGUUGUUGCAAGGGAGGUCCGUAUCGCAUGGAUAUGUUUGAUAGAUGGGAAUUGGUUAUAAAAGAUCGAAAUUUAGAGGCGAUCACUAGACAGAAUGAGGUUCUGAGAGCCAAUGAAGGUAAGGUCAAAAAAGAGAAAGAUGACUUGCUUUUAGCUUUACAAACAGCCCAACCACCUGACAACCAUUCUAAAAAGAAAAAGAAACGUCUAUACCCUAUAUUAUAUGGUUCUGGGACUCAUGUUCCCGAACCCCCACCCUAUGACUUUCCAGGAGGGUCCGAAGAGGAGGAGGAGGUAGAGGAGGACCCACCAGAACAAAAACCCCGAGCUCCCUAUCGUACACCGAGGAGGAGUUACAACACGAAGAGGGCCCAAAUAGAAGCACCUUUCAAUCCCCUACACGUUAAAUCCUCUGUUUCAGUUUCCCCCACUGCCCCUGACCCCGAUUUCCUUCCCUCUACUGCUUUCCCAUUAAUACAGAUUCCUAAUCCCCGGCAUAAUCCCAAUCAACCUACUGGUGACCAGAAUCCCUUGACAAUUUCCAUUUCCCAUAUUUGGGACUUAAGUGAAUUAAAAGAGGUGGUCAACUCCUUAGUUGACCCUAAAAAGGAAGGGGGACUGAAAUUUAUUGAACAAUUAGAACAGUUGGACAGCAUGUAUAAACCAAACGCUGCCGAAUGGACACAAGUCCUUCGUCGGAAAUUGGGCCCAACUUGGGCUUCUGUUAAUCAUGGCACUGAUAAUAAUGGACAGCCGUGGACUUGGCGUGAGAUUUUACAUCGAGGAGAUGGUCAGUACGGAGAGGCAGAUUUUCAAACUCAGUGGAGUCUAUUGAAAGCGAACUUAGAGGAAAAGUACAAAAAGGGCACUGACUGGGCUUUGAUUUCUGCUGCAAAACAGAAAAAAGAUGAGACUGUGGAUGAAUGGGGACUUAGGAUUCGAGAUUUGAUGGCUACCCAUUCGGGCAUAGAGCGGGCUGAGGACCAACGUCGUGCAGCCGUGCCUCCUUUGUCUCCGGUCUCCGUUCAGACAUCCAAUCUAAAGUCCGUAUCUCAUGCAUUGGCUGGGAAUCGGCUACCUUUGAAGAGGGUUAGCGACAUGCUGAAACAUGCUGAAAGGCAGACAUUGCACAAGCAAGAACAGACCCAAGCUAAAGGCCGGCAUUCUGCCGUUCAUUCUGAUUUAGUGAAACGAGGAGCUAUAAUUCCAAUUACAUACUCUCCGGUAAAUUCUCCUAUUUUGCCGGUAAGAAAAGCUGAUGGUUCCUGGCGGUUUGUUCAGGACCUUCGCCAAGUCAAUGCUGCUAUUUUCCCAAGGGCCCCUAUUGUUCCUAACCCUUCCACUAUUCUCUCCGCGAUUCCACCUUCCGCCCGAUAUUUUUCUGUAAUUGACUUGGCGAACGCUUUCUUCUCUGUCCCUGUUCACCCAGACUCUCAGUUCUGGUUUGCUUUUACGUUUCAAAACCGCCGUUGGACUUGGACUGUUAUGCCUCAGGGCUACACUGAGUCUCCUUGUGUGUAUGGACAAGCGCUUGCUCAAAAUCUUGAGGGUUUCUGGCCAGACCGUGGUUCCACAUUAAUUCAAUAUGUUGAUGAUAUCAUGCUUUGCAGUGAUUCGCAGGAAUCAUGCGAAAAGGACACAAAGAAAUUACUUAUUUUCUUGGCUGAAAAUGGCCAUAAAGUGUCCAAAGCUAAAUUACAAUUGGUACAAACAACUGUUAAAUAUUUAGGUCAUGACAUUACCAAUGGCACAAGAGCUCUCUCCACUAGUCGCAUUACAACCAUUCAGAAUCUUCCUAGACCGGUCACUAAACAACAGGUUAUGUCUGUCCUAGGCAUUCUUGGAUAUUGUCGACAAUGGAUCCUUAACUUUUCGGCACGUGCUCAGCCUCUGCAAGAUCUGGCCAACACUCCCGGCCUUCCCUUAUCUGGCCACGUUCCCUGGACUCCUGAAGCUGAGACCGCAUUUUCUGACCUAAAGACUGCCCUCCUUUCUGCCCCCGCUCUCGGUUUACCUGAUUACUCUCGUCCAUUCACUUUGUUUGUGGACGAAAAGGGGGGAUAUAUGAAUGCCGUGUUGACUCAAAAACAUGGAGACAAACAAAGGCCAGUUGCAUAUUUUUCGAAAAAAUUAGACCCCGUUGCAGCUGCUCUUUCUCCUUGUCUAAGAGCAGUUGCUGCUGCCACAGAAGCAGUCUUAGCUAGCACCGAUAUAGUACUCAUGAGUCCACUGACAGUUAAAGUUCCACAUGCAGUUCAUUCCAUUUUGGUACAAGCAAAAACUUCUCAUCUAACUACAGCAAGAGCCAUCCAUUAUCAGAACGUUCUUUGCACUCUCUCAAAUGUCACAAUUGAAAGGUGUUCUACCCUCAAUCCGGCUACUCUACUCCCGACAAAUGAGGAGGGAGAACCGCAUGAUUGUCAGGAAGUGAUUGCUCGAGAAGUUAAGCCGAGAAUUGAUUUGCAGGAAACUCCAUUAGAAACAGGUGAAAGCGUAUUUGUAGAUGGCUGUUCGUUAAGAUUAGAAAAUGGAGCUCCGUCGACCAGUUAUGCUGUGGUCCAAGGGGACCACCUACUGGAAGCUAACCGAAUUACCUCUAGCCUCAGUGCACAAGCAGCUGAACUAAUAGCGCUAACUCGAGCAUGUCAGCUGUCAGAAGGAAAAGAAAUUACUAUAUAUACAGAUUCUCGCUAUGCUUUUGGAGUCUGUCAUGAUCACGGGGCAUUAUGGAAAUUAAGGGGUUUUAAGACCAGUACUGGCAAGCCCAUUCAACAUCAGAAGUUAAUUGAAUCUUUGUUGGAUGCCAUAACUAAACCAUCUAAAUUGGCUAUUGUGAAGUGCCAGGCACACACUGGCAAACAGGAUCCUAUUAGUAAAGGAAAUGAAUUGGCUGAUUACUUUGCUAAACGAGCUGCUCGUAAUAAUGUUCCAGUUUCUCUUUUCCAACAGAGUUCGGAGUCGGUUCAAGAUAACCAGAUGAUUUCUUUACAGAGCUCGGCAACGGAUCUUGAGAAGAAGAAAUGGUCCAAGGAAGGCUCCUUGAUUGAAGGUGUUUGGACCCACCGUCAGACUAAUAAGCCUUUUCUUCCAAAGCUUCCUUUCCAGGAAUGGCGAAAAUAG